AUGGAACCUGAUAUUGCAGUGUGGAGAGCCCAGAUUGGAUAUUAUACCCAUCGGAGUAAGAGUAAGACAGAAUUUAUUCGUUUAAAUAGUUUGACUUUUUCAGUGUUUCUGGUUAUAAACGUUCUUAUACUACUUUCCGGGGAUGUGGAAACGAAUCCAGGGCCUACAAACACCAGACAAGGACUGCUUUCAAAUACUGGUAAUAUUGUUGAUCCGGCAGGCAACGUAGGGCUGACUAGUUUAGCUGAAAUGAUCGAAAAUUUAAGGAAAGAAAUUUCAGAAUUGCGAGUCGAGGUAAGAGAUAUGAAUAUUAAAGAUGAAGUUAUUCAACUCAGAACUGACAUUAGAGAUAUACAAAGUGACAAUACAAAGCUUCGAUUAAAGUUGGAUGCCACAGAAAAUAGAUUAAGACAGAAAAAUUUGAUUUUUUAUGGUAUUGGUGAAAAAUUAGAGGGAAUCGAAAAUUGGCAGGAUAGUGAAAAAUUAAUCAGGCGUGUAAUCUCCAAUGACUUGAAAAUUGAGGGUGCGAAUGAUGAUAGUUCAGUCGGUAUCGAUCGAGUGUAUAGAAUAGGGAGAAAACAGGUCAACGCCAGAAGGCCAAGGCCGAUUAUUGUUACGUUUGAUCGAUUAAAAACAAGAGACUUAGUUUUAGAUUCAGACAGAAAAUCGCUCAGAGACUCGGACAUUAGUAUAUCAGAAGAUUAUAGUGAGCGUGUUCGCAGUAUUCGUAGAGGUCUCAUCCCGCACCUUAAAGAAGCUCAGAAAGACAAAGAAAAAAAAAUAAAACUCAGAUAUGAUAAGCUGAUCAUUGACAAAAAUGUGUUCACAUACGAUUUAAACAAAAAAGAACUUAUCACAAUUAACAAAUAG